UUCCAGUCCUGCGAGUCUAUGAAUGCUGUGAUUAUUUCUAUGCAGCUACCAAGAAGCCGCGUCCCGAGAGCUUGUUAUCAGCCGCAGGCCCAGGACGGCGAGCGUUUGGCUGGGGAGCUCCCCCCACCACCACGUGCGCUGAGUAGGAGACCUGACACUCCCAUUCAUUAUGUUUAGAUCAGGGCUCAGCCUGCGCUGUCUAGGACCCUGGAGCGGCUGGACCGUUCAGCUCUGUACAAAUACAAUCCACCUGCACGCGUGAGCUUCAAACACACCCAGGCGCGUGCCGCUGGCCUCUUUCACCAUCUCCAGCAGCCUCCCGGUCGCCCGGGGUGGGGGGCUCUCAGGCUGGUUUGGAAGAUCCAGGAAUAGAACCCAGGAGUCCGGCCCCCCGAACCCCUGCAGCUCUGCUGGGGGUGGGUUUUAGUCCCCUCUCGGGAUGGGGUGCGCUCUGUCGGGUUCUGGGAUCGCCCCGGGGAAAACCAUCUCGGAGUCCAAGCGGAGCCCGUCGUCGGAAAACCUAGCGGCGCCGAAAGCGGGCCCGGAGCACGGAGGCGACGGGCUGGGGGCAGGUCCCUUUCCGCUGGCGGACGCGCAGAAGGAGCGGAUCCAGGAGUCCUGGCGGAUCCUGCACGACAAUAUCGCUCGGGUCGGCAUCAUUGUCUUCAUCAGGUUAUUCGAGACCCACCCCGAGUGCAAAGACGUCUUCUUCCUCUUCCGGGACAUCGAGGACCUGGAGCAGCUCAAGAUGAACAAGGAGCUGCGAGCCCAUGGCCUGAGGGUGAUGUCCUUCAUUGAGAAAAGCGUGGCCCGGCUGGACCAAGAGGACAAGCUGGAACAGCUGGCCUUCGAGCUCGGCAGGAGUCACUACAGAUACAACGCCCCUCCCAAGUACUAUGAGUACGUGGGCAUCCAGUUUAUCAGCACCGUGCAGCCCAUCCUCAAGGAGCGCUGGACGCCGGAAGUGGAGGAGGCCUGGCAGAGUCUGUUCAAGUACCUGACGGCCACGAUGAAACGGGGGUACUACGAGGAAGAGGAGAAAUUGGGCAGCAUCAAAUCCCCUGCCUUGAAGAAACCCGGGACUGGAUCCAUCCUGAACAGCAUAUAGGUCCAAGAGCGGGCGGCGUAGCGCUUGGCUUGGCUUGCUGUGAUAUUCCCAUAGGACCUCUCCUUCCCCCUGUGCACAAGGAACUGCCCUUGCUUGUUACUUUCCCAGACUGUGAUUCCAGCUGAAUCCAGUUGUGAUUCCAGCGCAGAGGCCGGAUUUUUGCUGCUGGUCGGAGGCCCCAUCUGUGUAGCCGGGGUCCCCCCCCAGGGGUCGCUGCAGCACGUAGAGGCAGUAAACUAUCUCUGAACCCUUUCUACUUUGGGUAUAGGCAGUUCUGGGUGAGCUUCCUGGAAGGGAAAAGGGGCCGAGAACAGGAGUCGGCUUUAGAGACCGGCGUGAGGGCCUUGAUUUCUAUAUAUGGACUGUUAUCCGCCUGGCCCGUCUAGCAGCGCCGGGGAAGGGAUUAAACAUCCCCCGAGUUGGCAGAGCGGCAGUGUUAAAGGUGACUCGCGAAGGGAAAUGAAAUUGGGGUGGGUGCCCUCUCCCCGUUUGGCUUCUUUACAAUGGAUCCAGACACCCUGAGAAAUUAAACUCAGUCCGCCCCAGCUGCCAAAUGGGAAGAACAACCAUUUCUUGAAAGCUGGUAACAGUCUACUACUGCUGCCAGCUCUGGGAGUGACUCUGUUAGCUUGAGUGGUGGAGGCCCGUGCUGAGGUAGGGACAGACAGAAUGGGAGACAAGGAGACAAUCUGGGCAGGUUCAAACCUGGUUGAUGACCCUGUACUGGGUGCCGGUGUAAAACUGAUGCUGGAGAGGGGCACGUGGACCUCAGGGAGAGGGGGCAAUAGAACAGAAGUAACCUUACGCUGUGGUUAAAGCACUGGCGAGGGAUGCAGGAGACCAAGGGUCACUCCCCACCUCUGCUACAGCUUCCCUGUGUGACCUUUGGCAAGUUACUUCAUCUUUCUAGGCCUGGGUCCGUCCCCCCCCAGUCUGUACAGUGACUGUGCCUUUGCCCCGUUAGACUGGAAGCUGUUUGGGGCAGGGGCAGUCUCCCAUGGGGCCCUGAUCUCAGUUUGAGAUGACAGCACAGCAAGUUUUGACAGUAGAAACAUUGACCUGGCAAUCUACCCGGCAGGACUCGAUGGAAAACUAGCCCUGGGGCUGGUCUAGGCACAAAAAUUACACCAAUUUAACGAAACCCCCCGCCCCCAAAAUUCAAAGCCAACUUCGUUAAAUGAGUGCAAACCCACCUUAAUGAUUAUUUAUUAUUUGUAUUAUGGUAGCACCUACGAGCUCUAGCCAUGGACCACGCCCCCUUUGUGCCAGGCGCUGUACAUUUUUAUUGCUAUUACAUGUAUUACGGUAACACCUUGGCGCCCCAGUCACGGAACAGGCCGCCCACUCUGCCAGGCGCUACCGCUGUCAAGAUUUUUGUGGGCUUGGGGGCAAAGGAGAGUUUUAAGGGGAGCUUAGAAGGUGAACAAUGAAGUGGCUUGAAUUCAAACUGGCUUUGAAUGGUUCCGCGGCAGCGGGGGACUUCCUCUGUGUCAGGCGCUUCCCCCUCCCUUAGUGCCUUGAACAUCCGUAUCUCACAGUCCCUAUGUGAGGGAAGGAAAUGCGGGUAUCCCCCAUUACACAGAUGGGGAAACCGAGGCCCAGAUCCACAGAGGUAUUUAGCUUCCUAACUUUAUUUGAAAUCAGUGGAAGUUAGGCACCUAAAUACCUUUGAGGGUCGGAGACAUCAGGUCACACAGAGAGCCUGUGACAUUUAAGCUAAGCGGCUAUAAACUAGGUUGAAAUCUGUAUCCAUCCUAAAGAAGCAUUUUCACCGUCAGAUUGACGCUCACGACACAGACACGCCCUUCGGCCCCAUGACACCCCCCCCACACACACACUCCAAACGCAGGAAUUAACUUAAGCGCAAAAAGCCAAAUCCCCACCCGGCAGAAUUUUCACCCCAGAAACGGAGAACGCCAUGAAAUCCACUAGGGACGAGGCUAUUGCUCAUUUCACACGGCAGGCCCCCAAAUUCCACAACGAUGGGGAGCACUAGAAAACCGUAGGGCCUGGUCUACACAUAGAUUUUGUCCUGGUAUCACUCUAUGGGUUAGGAAUGUGAUGUUUUUAACCGAUAUAGUUAUACCGGUAUAAACCGUAGUGUGGAUGCAGUUAUACUGGUAUAAAGGGGCCUUAAACCAGUAUUAUUCUCCAUCAUGUUCGGAACUAGCUGUGGGAGUAAAGUGGUCACGACCGUGUUAAUUGGGUUCCCUGGAACAUAAGAACAUAAGAACGGCCCUACUGGGUCAGACCAAAGGUCCAUCUAGCCCAGUGUCCUGUCUCCCGACAGUGGCCAAUGGCAGGUGCCCCAGAGGGAAUGAACAGAACAGGGAAUCAUC